AUGCGCCAAUCUAUCGCCCUUGCCAUCGCUGCCAUUGCAGGCGUCUUCGCCGCACCAGCCAGCUACAGCCAUGCACGCGGCAAUUCCACCAUGCAGGGACAAGGCGACUUCUUCUGGGGCGGAGCCGUCCAAGAAGGCCCCCAAGGCACCGGCUGGAACUUCGUCCAAGGUAGCGUAGUCGUCCCCAACUUCAGCGGCGGGGACCCGCGGCAGUCCGCGAACAUGUGGGUCGGCAUCGACGGCCGAUACUGCUCCAGCGCCAUCCUGCAGACCGGUCUUGUCGUCUACGGCGAUGGGUCCUUCUGGCUCUGGACAGAGUGGUGGAAGAAUGUGAUGCAGGAUUAUCAGAGUGGGCUUACUUUUGCGCCUGGUGAUACGUUGCGCUUCACGGUGCAUUCGACGAGCUAUACGUCUGGCACCACGACGGUGGAGAACUUGAGCAAUGGGGAGUGGGUCUCGCAGACUUAUACGAGCGAGACGGACUAUCCGCUCUGUGAGACGGAUGCGGAGUGGAUUCUUGAGGACUGGACGCAGAAUGGACAGCCGGUGCCGCUUUAUAAUUGGGGUACUAUUAGUAUUUUUGAUACGGCUGCGAGGAACCCCAAUCGUCAGGUCACUGCUGCUGGCGCUGAUAUUGUUAAUAUCAACAUCAAUGGGUAUAUUCUUACUGAGAGCAAUGUUCAGUCUGAUGGUACUGUCAGCGUCACUUACAUUGGGCCUAACUAGGAUUGGGUAUUUCGGGAUAAGAUAAAGUACGACGGUAGUGGAAUAUAAGUCUCGGU